GACAGGGGAUCGAGGAUGGGUUCAACGCGACUCGGAAUGCUGCUGUUAAAUCUGUCCCUCGCAGUCCUGGGGCUCAGCGAUCAGAGCUUUACAGACUUCCCCGACCCAGCAGACGUGGAUUACAAAGAUCCUUGCAAAGCCGUUGCGUUCUGGGGAGACAUCGCCCUGGACGAGGAGGACCUGAAAAUGUUCCGAGACUUAAACGGUCGGAGAAUCCCAAACUCCGGACAGUCCACGGCGGGUGUUGCUCUGAAGGGGGGAGGGAGGAGCCGGAAUAGAAGAGCUUCCACCUCCCGCCCGGAGAGAGUGUGGCCCGAGGGAGUGAUUCCCUACGUGAUCGGAGGGAACUUCACCGGGGCCCAAAGAGCCAUCUUCAGACAGGCCAUGAGGCACUGGGAGAAAAAUACCUGCGUCACUUUCCUGGAGAGGACAGACGAGGAGAGCUACAUCGUUUUCACCUACAGACCCUGUGGAUGCUGCUCCUAUGUGGGGAGGCGAGGGGGGGGCCCUCAGGCCAUCUCCAUCGGCAAGAACUGUGACAAGUUUGGGAUUGUGGUGCACGAGUUGGGCCACGUGAUUGGCUUCUGGCACGAGCACACCAGGCCUGACCGUGACAACCAUGUCACCAUCGUCAGAGAGAACAUCCAACCAGGGCAGGAGUACAACUUCCUGAAGAUGGAGCCCGAGGAGGUGGAUUCGCUGGGGGAGAUGUACGACUUCGACAGCAUCAUGCACUACGCCAGGAACACCUUCUCCAGGGGUAUAUUCCUGGAUACGAUUCUCCCCCGAUAUGAUGAGAAUGGUGUCCGGCCACCGAUAGGACAACGGACGAGGCUGAGUAAGGGCGACAUUACUCAAGCCCGGAAGCUUUACCAGUGUCAGGCCUGUGGCGAAACACUCCAGGAUUCCUCAGGGAACUUUUCCUCUCCCGGCUUCCCGAACGGAUACUCGUCCUUCACCCACUGUGUGUGGCGGAUCUCAGUCACGCCAGGCGAGAAGAUCACUUUGAACUUCACAGCGAUGGACAUGUUCCGCAGCCGCUUGUGCUGGUACGAUUACGUGGAGGUGAGAGACGGAUACUGGAGGAAGGCGCUGCCGCGAGGACGUUUCUGUGGGGACCGGUUGCCCCCUCCCCUCGUCUCCACCGACAGCCGCCUGUGGAUUGAGUUCCGAAGCAGCAGUAACGUUGGCAAAGGUUUCUCCGCUGUCUACGAAGCGAUCUGCGGGGGGAACAUUCACAAGGAUCUGGGGCAGAUUCAGUCGCCCAAUUACCCCGAUGACUACCGUCCCUCCAAGGUCUGUGUCUGGAAUAUCAGGGUCUCCGAAGGCUUCCACGUGGGUUUGACCUUCCAAUCCUUUGAGAUCGAGCGACACGACAACUGUGCGUACGAUUACCUGGAGAUUCGGGACGGCAGCACUGAACGCAGUCCCCUCCUCGGCCGUUUCUGUGGCUACGACAAACCCGAGGACAUCAAGUCCAGCUCAGGGUCACUGUGGAUGAAGUUCGUGUCUGACGGAUCCAUCAACAAGGCUGGCUUCUCGGCCAACUUCUUCAAAGAGAUGGACGAGUGUUCGAGGGCUGACAAUGGCGGGUGUGAGCAGCGCUGCGUCAACACUCUGGGCAGCUACACGUGCGCCUGCGACCCCGGCUUCGAGCUGGCGUCUGACAAGAGGAGCUGUGAGGCUGCCUGUGGAGGGUUCCUGACUAAGCUGAACGGGUCGCUGACCAGCCCCGGGUGGCCCAAGGAAUAUCCAGCGAACAAAAAUUGUGUGUGGCAAGUGGUGGCUCCCACUCAGUAUCGUAUCUCCCUGCAGUUCCACUUCUUUGAGGUGGAAGGCAAUGACGUGUGUAAGUACGACUACGUGGAGGUGCGGAGUGGGCUGUCUGCGGACUCCAGGCUCCACGGCAAGUUCUGCGGGGCUGAGAAACCUGAGGUCAUCACCUCCCAGUACAACAACAUGAGAAUCGAGUUCAAGUCAGAUAACACCGUGUCCAAGAGGGGCUUCAAGGCUCAUUUCUUCUCAGACAAGGACGAGUGUUCGAAGGAAAACGGGGGGUGUCAGCACGAGUGCGUAAAUACCUUUGGCAGCUACGAGUGUCAGUGUCGAAGUGGCUUCACUCUCCACACCAACCAACAUGACUGUAAAGAGGCGGGAUGUGAGCACAAGAUCAACAGCGUAGCUGGAACCAUCACCAGCCCCAACUGGCCGGACAAGUAUCCCAGUCGCAAGGAGUGUACCUGGGAGAUCACCACCACACCCGGUCACCGGGUCAAACUGGCCUUCAGUGAGCUGGACCUGGAGCAGCACCAGGAAUGUGCCUACGACCACCUGGAGGUCUACGACGGCCGAGACCCCAAGGCCAAGGUCCUGGGACGUCUGUGCGGCAGCAAGAAGCCGGAGGCCCUGACCUCCACCUUCAACCGCAUCUUCAUCAAGUUCUUCUCUGACAACUCGGUGCAGAAGAGGGGGUUCGAAGCCGCCUACAGCUCGGAGUGUGGGGGGAAGCUGAAGGCUGAGGUGAAGACCAAGGACCUGUUCUCUCACUCACAAUUCGGGGACAAUAACUACCCGGGCGGGGCCAGCUGCCAGUGGCUGGUGAAGGCCGAGGAGGGCUACGGGGUGGAGCUGAUCUUCCAGACCUUUGAGAUCGAGGAGGAGGCCGACUGCGGCUACGACUAUAUGGAGCUCUUCGACGGCUCCGACGACUCAGCCCCGCGGCUCGGACGUUUCUGUGGGUCUGGGCCUCCGGAGGAGAUUUACUCCGCAGGUGAUGCCAUCGUCAUUCGCUUCCACACCGAUGACACCAUCAGCAAGAAAGGUUUCCACGCCCGGUACACCAGCACCAAAUUUCAGGAUUCUCUUCACUUGAAGAAAUGACAACACAUUAAGACAGACUGACUGAGAGACUGGAUCUACGUUCCCCCCCGACCCCCACCC